UCGGGAAACGAGCAACGAUCGCGCAAGAGAGUUUAAUUGAGAACUCCGCUGGCGAAUUGCACAUGCAAAGUGCCGCGGUCAGUCCUGCAUUGCAAUCGAUUUUCGGUUUUGCGGCUUUUCUCGCCACAAGUUGGCUCGUUAGCUUGUGGCUUUUAUUAUUUUAUUUUGGUUUCGUUUGGCUUGACUCGGUUUGGCUUGUGAGCCUGCGCAACGUCGCAGCGGGUUCUGUGCGCGUUGCAUUUUCAAUAAACGCGUUUGCUUUUGGCACGCUGCGUGGGCGCCAUUCCGUGUCUCUGUCUGUGUCGCGUGUGUGCAUUAGCUAAUGUGUUUGUAUUGCUAAUUAAAACAGCAGCAGCACCAGCACCAGCAGCAGCAGCAGCGGCAGCGACAACUACUGCGGCAGCCACAAGAACAACACGAGCAACGAACGCGCAACAAAGUGUCUUCGAUAAGUACGAUUAACGAAAAAGCAUUCCCGAUCGCAAUCUGGAUCGACAGCGCAGGUGUUUUCCCCACCGCACUUCCCAUGAUUCAGAGCACGAGAGCGUUCGGCAUGACGUGAACUGCUUAGAUAUUCCAUGCAAGAGUCGAAACCCUUGCAACUAGCCGCCAUAAUCGAUCGUCUCGCUCCGGUUCGACUCGAUUCGAUUGCCCCUGUUUUUGGGGGACGUGAUCAUCAUCCGCUGUCCGUCAAGGAGUUGUCCCAAAAGAACCGAGAAUCCGCCUCGACAUUCAAGAUGGACUCACGCAUCGGCCUGGACUACAUCGUCGAGAAUCGUGACUACAUAGCCAAGCUGGGCGCUGCCCUGGACACGCAGAAUGCCACCGUUAAGAAGCAGGUCUUUGAGCUGCUCUCGGCCCUCUGUGCCUACAGUCCCGAUGGCUAUGCCCGCGCCAUCGAAACCCUCGAAUUUUACAAGAAUCUCAAGAAGCAGCGAUACCGCUUCAAGAUUGUCAUCAACGAACUAGAGCUGUCGAGUGCCGCCGCCUCGCCGCCACUGGAUUACCAGGCCGCCCUGUUGGCCUUCAUCAACUGUGUCAUCAUCUCGGCGGCCACGCUGCAGGAGCGAAUUCGCAUUCGCAACGAAUUUAUAGGUCUCAAAGUUUUGCCGCUGCUCAAUAACCUAAGAAAAGUCGCACAAAGUGUGGGCGAUAUCAUCGUACAAUUGGACGUAUUCGUGGAGCAGCAGGAAUGCGACGAGGCCCAGAGCCUUCAGGCGCCCGAUGGCAUCAAUUUAAACUCACAUCUUGAUGUCUUCUAUGCGAUAUUGCGACAGGUGGCCGAUACGCCACAGGAGGGACCGUUCAGCCUUCUGCAGCACCUCCUGCGCAUCGAUCCCAAGGAGCCGCUCAGCGACAUCAUCUGGGACACCACAGAGCGACUUGUUCAUCGCGCCACGCUCCUCGAGAGCCACGAGGAUGCAGUUCGUCCUCGCACGCCCAGCAGCCAGAAGUUCGCGUGCCAGAGUUGCCGCGGCAGUGAUGCUAGCAGCCCCACCCGCAAACCUUCGACGCAGCCAGGGGGCGUGGCUGGAACGCCGCCACCACCACCCCCAGCGCCUGCUAUUCCAUCUGCACCCACAGCACCACCGCCCCCGCCUCCGCCGGUAAAUGGGGCCGCACCACCACCUCCGCCGCCGCCCAUGAUUAAUGGCAGCUCCCUGCCACCGCCACCGCCUCCUCCAGCUAUGCAGAUGGCCUCGAGGCCCAGGACACCAGAUCCCAAGGCCGCAGAGACAGCGAACACUGCCAUACUGCUGCCCCAACAAGACACACCAGCGCCCACCAAGAUGAAGACCAUUAACUGGGGCAAGAUUCCGCACAACAAGGUCCUGGGAAAACAGAAUAUCUGGAGCAUCGUGGCCAGCAAUCACCAGGACAGUCCGAUGCAGGACAUUGACUGGAACGAAAUGGAAGGACUCUUUUGCCUACAGACUACUAGUGCACAAGGAUCUCAGUUGGGACGAGAGGGAAGCCAUGCUUCCUCUGGCUCCAAUGGAUGCGACACCCUAGACCGAAAGUCGAAAAAGGAGUGCACUGAGAUCACUCUGCUAGAUGGCAAGAGGAGUCUCAAUGUCAACAUCUUCUUGAAGCAGUUCCGCACCAGCAACGACGAUAUUAUCCAGUUGAUAAAGCAGGGCGCCCACGAGGAGAUUGGAGCGGAGAGACUGCGAGGACUACUGAAGAUCCUGCCCGAGGUGGAUGAGCUCGAUAUGCUGAAGGGCUUCAACGGGGACCGGGGGCGACUCGGGAAUGCCGAGAAGUUCCUCCUCCAGCUGCUGGAGGUGCCCAACUACAAAUUGCGAAUUGAGAGCAUGUUGCUCAAGGAGGAGUUUGCGGCCAGUGCCUAUCUAGAGCCCUGCAUCAAUGCCAUGUUGUAUGCAGGAGAUGAUCUGCAAAACAAGACUCUACAAGAGGUCCUCUACAUGGUUGUGGUGGCUGGAAACUUCCUCAACUCCGGCGGAUAUGCGGGUAAUGCGGCGGGUGUGAAGCUAUCCUCGCUGCAGAAGCUCACCGACAUCCGAGCGAAUAAACCCGGAAUGAACCUCAUCCACUUUGUGGCCCUGCAGGCCGAGAAACGCAAUCCGGACCUGCUGCAGUUCACGGGACAGUUGAGCACCUUGGAGAGUGCCAGCAAAACAACCGCAGAGCAGAUUAACAAUGAGAUCAACACGCUGGAUGGCAGGAUUAGGCGGAUAGCCAGGCAGAUCGAACAGCCCGCCACGGAUGCGGACAUCAAGGAGCAGAUGGCGGAGUUCCUGCAGGCCGCUGAGUCCGAGCUUGCCGUCCUACAGUCGGGUAUGAAGCAGGUGGAGUCCAUGCGCCUCAAGCUCUCCGAGUUCUUCUGCGAUGAUGCGGCCACCUUCCGGCUGGAGGAGUGCUUCAAGAUUUUCCACAAUUUCUGUGAUAAGUUCCGGCGCGUCAAGGAGAACGAGCGCCGUCAGCAGCAGGAGCAGCAGGCCACAUUGAGGAGAAAGCAGCGCGAGGAGCAGUUGGCACGCAGAGCCAGGCAGAUUGGUCAGGCUGGCACCCCCGUAUCCGAUUCGGAGCACUCUUUUUUGGGCGAUGCGCUUUUCGAUCCUCGGGCUAGCCCAGCGCUGAGUCGCCGACACCUGGGAUCCGGAGAGAUCAGCAACGGUUUCAUCCGCCUGGAGCAGGAUGGUGCUUCGCCAGAUAUCACACCCAACGGAAGUCUGCGGCGCCGGCGCAGUCGUGUACUUGAAGGAGAGGACGACCUGAUGGAGUUUUUGCGUAGUUCCACGGGUCCCAACGAUGGUCACAUCAGCCGGGAACGUAAGGCGGCGGCAUAUGGCAGUCUGGAUCGUUCAUGGGCACGUCGUGCCCGCUCCGGAAGUUCCAGCCGCAAACGUCCCGAUCUGUUGAAUAUUGACUUUGGUCUGGAUCGGGAGCGGGCAAGCUCACCAGCUCCGCUUCUCCAGCAGCAACAGCAGCGCCAGGGGCAGGAGAGACUGCAAUCCCCGCUGGCUAGUACAGCAGGCACGCCCACCACUGCAGCGAAUACGCCAACGGGCGGUGCAUCAGCGAUAGGGCAGCCGCAGCCAGCAAACGAGGAUGCGAAACCAAGAAUAUCCCGUGAAUGGCGACAGAAUGAGACAUGGCUGCAGUCCAACGAAAGCGACGAGAAGCAGAACGAGGAGUACACGAAACGUCGUCUGGUCAACGCCAAUCGGCGUUCGCUCGAAAACGAAACUGAAAACGAACGAAAACUGGACCCUCCGGAGGAGAAGAUCAUGCCUUCGACGACGACAGAAACGCCAACGAAUACGCCCACAACCACUAAUCCCACUAACUCCACAAACAAGCCGGAGCAGGAGGCCGGAAGAUACCAGCGAGUCUACGCUGAUUGGAAGCCAUCAAAGACCCUGGAGCAGACAGACGUGGUGGCUAAUCUGCAGGCCAUUGCCGAUGCCCAGCCUGCCCAGGAUGCCCUGCGUCAGUAUCGUCGCCAGCGAUCGCAGGACCAACAGAGUCCCGGAGCGCUGCAAUCGAUAGCCGAAGAAGAUCGCAGGAAGUCAUAUAUCCAGAUGGGCGAAAGGGACAUGAGCAAUGAAACCCUUAAGAUCUACAUUAGGAGAUCCUCGAGCAGGGAUACUGCUGCGAAGAAAGAGGAGCCCAAGUCACCAAAGUCACAGGUGUCGGAUGAUACCUUUGCCAGCCUGCUCAGUCACCACAAAAACCAGAACGAGAUGCAGGCCUCCUCGAAGGAGGUGGAUGCGGAUAAUGUUGAGACGCCGCCAGUGAGUCGCCGGGUGAUAGCCACCCCCACCACCACAGUGGUCACGGUGAGCAUGACGGACAAGCCCAAGGCCGCGGAGGAGAAGAUAAGCUUGGUGGUGGGAUCAGCAGAGCAAGAUGCUCCCGGUCACUUCGAUCGUCAUGCCUUGGGCCGGCGCACUCGUCGCUACAAGAGGCCCACAGACUACAGCAGUGGUACCGAGGAGCACCUGACCAGCAGCAAGCCUGAGGUCAAGACUUCUCCAUCGAAGACAGAGCAGCCAGUGCCAGCAGAAAAGUCAAAGCAGAAGGAGCGCACGAUCACCAAGCUGGAGAAGGUGGGUCGGCACAUCAGCUCCAUCAAUCAGGAGGAUGUCCGAGAGGCCAUCAGGAAUCUCAAGUCACCCACAGGCACUCCCGAACGACCUUGGAGUCCGCCCAGGGAGAUUACGCCCUCGAAACUGAAGCUAUCCGCCAGCGGACACCACGAACUGAACGACGAGGGCUUCGAGGAGACACAGAGUCUGGUGUCAGACACACCCUCGCACGGAAAGGGCGAAAGCACCAACUCCUCCUGCAACGAGGGAGUCAACGAGUCAACACCUUCCCGCCAGCGUCCACUACAGAAGCAGAAGGCGACGCCCACCAGCCUCACACAUAUGGGCAGCCGCCUGGCCGACCGCCUGCAGCAGGCCAGAAUGAAGGGGAGUGGUUCCUCUGCGGCAACGUCAGCAACAAAGUCACAAAACCAAGUCCCUGCCACUCAAACGGCCACCGUAAAGAGGAGCCUCUCCGCCAGCAGGCCGCUGCGCAUGCCCAAUGGUCAGCCUCUGGCCAGUGCUGCGCCCCUCCGUUCCGCCUCCGCUGUAAGACUGCCACAGGAGCAGCAAAUCCUUGCUGGAGUGGAACGGAGCAGUUCGAGGAACAGUCUGCGCUCUUCUCGCUCAUCCAUCAAUAGUGGAGCCUCCACGCAGACAGUGGUUAGACGUCUGCCGGCUGUGCAGCGUGCCGGAGCCACCGUAUCCGUGGAUUCCUCGCCGAGUAAAAGGCCACUGGCAGCCCAGAAUAUGCGGCCAACGCCUGGACGUGGCGUACCGGCCAGCAGAAGCAGCAGCAGUGGGUCCAGUGUGGGACCCAGUGUGAUCCUGGUGCGCAGCAAGAUGACCAGCACAGCUCCAAGGACAAAUAUCAGCGGCAGCACCAGCUUUAAGGAGAACCAGUCCCAGUCACAGUCUCAGCCGCAGUCUCAGUCCCGAAUGAGCGCCGCUCGCAGUGUGGUGCUGGUAAAGAACGCGAUAAACCAGCAGCAGCAGGCCAGGAUGAAUGGAAAUCCGAGUAGCCAGGCUCAGCGGAGCUCCAGCAGCAGUCGGUCCGUGAGCAGCUUCAUGCGACCCACGGCCAGCAGUGCCACCAAGCGCCAGAAGUAGGCGUCAUUGUCCACUGUCCAGUUAACGUCCCAAGUUUACACAUGUUACAAAAGCGAAUGCAUCCAACUCCAAACCGUCCAAGAGACAAUUUCGAAUUUCUAGGCAGGAUCUGAAACACAAAACAGCACUCGGAUAGAUAGUCGUUACAGUUGCAAUAUUUUGAGAAGUUAUACAAUUCCAAGGAUAUUCCCCCUGCACAUUCCAACUGAAGGUCCGCAAUACCCUUAAUACAGAAAAGACAGAAGUCAGUUUUCAAAUUCUUAAAUAUAUUUGAGCACAAAACAAAGGAGACAAAAAUACUAGCUGUAAACUACUCAACUAAAACAUAGGCUAAGCGAAAAAAAAAACAAAAAAAAGGUAAAAAAAGUUAAAAUCGUAUUUUCCACAUAUUUAACAUAUGUUGUAGACAUUAUUCGAUUAUACAUGUGUAGGAAAUGUUUUUUAUAGAAGCGAGUUAUUUACAAAGCGCGUAGUUGGAGAAACCAAAAGCAUGAUUGACAUUCA